CCAAUAUGGCGCCCCCCAUGUAGCCUGCGGCCGUGGUUUUACCACAGGUGGCUAGUGUAGUUCUGAGCUGCGGCUGCCGUCCCGCCAGCUUGCGUUGCAGAAGCAGCAAACUUUGUUCCCGGUUACGGCUCCAGAAAGCCACAUUUCUCCGAGGGUCUGUGAACUUUUAGAUUCCGAAAGUUCCUCGUCAGCCCUUGUUUCCCGUGCCGUCUCUGGACACCUCCUCUAGGUGCCUGACCCUCUCAGACUCAAAGCUAUGAGCCUUCGGCAGCUGCUGUCGCGCUUGUCCGGUUAUCUCGGGGCCUCUGGUCCCCCACAUCGCCAGUGGUGGUGCUCCAGAUCCCUCGACACCAUCUCCUCCGUAGGUUCCUGGCGUGAUCGGUCCUCCAGGUCUCCAGCCCAUUGGAACCAGGUGGUGUCAGAGGCGGAAAAGAUCGUGGGUUACCCCGCUUCCUUCAUGAGCCUCCGCUGCCUGCUGAGUGACGAGCUCAGCAACAUCGCUAUGCAGUUGCGGAAGCUGGUAGGGACUCAGCAUCCCCUGCUCACCACCGCCAGGGGCCUUGUGCACGACAGCCGGCAUAACCUCCAGCUGAGGGGCCUGGUGGUUCUGCUCAUCUCCAAAGCCGCGGGGCCCAGUGCUGAGAACGGUCAGAACUACGACAUGGUCAGUGGGAUAUACUCAUGUCAAAGAAGUUUGGCAGAGAUCACAGAACUUAUACACACUGCUCUCCUCGUGCAUCGUGGGAUAGUAAAUUUAAGUGAAUUACAGUCUUCCGAUGGACCACUGAAAGACAUGAAGUUUGGAAACAAAAUAGCUAUCCUGAGUGGAGACUUUCUUCUAGCAAAUGCCUGUAAUGGACUAGCUCUUCUCCAGAAUACCAAGGUUGUGGAACUUUUAACAAGUGCUCUUAAGGACUUGGUGCACGGAGUAUACCAGGAAAAUUCUGCUUUGGCCAAGGGUCAUUCUGUCACAGAGAAUAUUGGAGUGUCGAGCUGGAAGGAGCAGACUUUUCUGUCCCAUUGUGCCUUGCUGGCCAAGAGCUGCCAGGCCGCAAUGGAAUUAGCGAAGCACGAUGCUGAGGUCCAAGACAUGGCAUUUCAGUAUGGGAAGCACAUGGCCAUGAGUCAUAAGAUCAAUUCUGACCUCCAGCCUUUUAUUAAAGACAAGACCAGUUACUCUACGUCUUUUAACCUAAACUCAGCACCUGUGGUCUUACAUCAAGAGUUUCUUGGAAGAGAUUUGUGGAUUAAGCAGAUUGGAGAGGCUCAAGAAAAAGGAAGAUUGAACUACACUAAGUUGCGAGAAACAAUCAAAGCUGGCAAAGGUGUGACUUCAGCUAUUGACCUGUGUCGUUACCAUGGAAACAAGGCCCUGGAGGCCCUGGAGAGCUUCCCUCCCUCAGAGGCCAGAUCUGCUUUAGAAAACAUCGUGUUUGCCGUGACCAGAUUUUCAUGACACCAAAUUAAAAAGACACUGUUGUCCCUUAGCUGAAAUCCCAGAGAGUGGGGUGGACAGGAGAGCUUUGUGAUGAAGUAACUAAGAUGUUAAUGAUUUUUAAAACAUAAGUAUUUUUUUUCCUGUUCUUUUAUCUCGGUUACUUAAUGAAUCUAUCUUUUUGGAACCACUACAAACAAAAUGAGAAGGAAAAAAGGUCACACAGUUUUCACUUGUCACGCCAGAGCACACUUGAGGCUGCAGCAACAGAAAUAAUUAAUGAGACUCACUCCUGUGACCUCAGCAAAUGGACAGGAAAUAAGCCCUUAUUGAUUGGGCCAAGCCAGGGAUGGCGCCAGGGCGAGGGCUGUGGUUUUCCUUCUGAAGAGGACAGAGCAAGCUGGAGGCUGCAGGUGUCAAGAGAAACACUGGAUGCCAGCCAGGGAGGACACAUCAAAACCUGAUGACCAGUCCAGUCCAUUGUAGUGAAGAAUCGUUCUUCUACGAGUCAAGCGAAAAUAGGCGUUGCUGCUGUCUCAAAAUCAUGUCCCUGUGGGUAUAAUGUGAGAGGCUUGUGCAUUGUGGUUUUUAUCAGAUUUGGGAGAGAUGAGGGAAAUGUUAGAAAGUUGCCAAAUACUUGAAGUUGGAUAUUAAAAUGUUGCCAAGUGUUGA